GACCAGGUGUUUUAGUAAUAUACAAUAAUGGCUGCUGUUUUCCCAAGAACUUGUUACAAAUGUGGUGAAGUUGGUCACUUAGCUGACAACUGUCAACAAGAAGAAAGAUUAUGUUACAACUGCCAUAAGCCAGGUCACGAAUCUACUGACUGUCCUGACCCAAAGCAACCAACCACCAAACAAUGUUAUUCUUGUGGUGAUGUUGGUCACGUUCAAUCUGAAUGUCCAAACCAAGCUCAAGGUACCAAGUGUUACAACUGUGGUCAAUUUGGUCACAUUUCUAAGAACUGUGAUUCCGAACAAGUUGGCGGUGCUAGAAAGAAGUUUUACCCAACUAAGUCUGCUGCUGGUACCACUUGUUACAAGUGCGGUGGUCCAAACCACUUUGCCAGAGACUGUCAAGCUGGUGUUGUCAAGUGUUACGCUUGUGGUAAGACCGGUCACAUCUCCAAGGACUGUACUUCUUCUUCCGGAGGUUCCAACUACGGCUCAAAGACUUGUUACAACUGUGGUAAGAGUGGUCACAUUUCCAAGGAAUGUACUGCCUAGAUGGUGAUUUUGUUGAUUUGAAUAUUUGAAGAAGGUAUCAGGAGUGGUGGAAUAUUUGCAUUAUAUUUUAUUUUUCUUUGCAUCAUGAAAAAGAGUAGUGGGGAGUGUAUUAAUAAAGUUCCUAUUGUAUAAAGAUUGUUGAAGAAUGAUUCAUGAUGCGACAUUUCGGUUGUGAUGUGUAGUCCAACUUCUCCAAAUGAUUUCUUUAGUUCCAGUUCUUGUCUUUUAAAUUUAGUUUAUAGUUUUUAUGGGUUUCUUUUUAUAUAUGGUAAUAUUAUGUAUUAGCAU